AGUUUCAGUCUGAAAUCGUCGGUCGUUGAGCGCGGAAGUGCCGAGUAAGAGAGAGAAUACGGCACAGAGCGCGAUUUGUUUGAAUGGCUGGCACGACAAGCAUGGCCACAUCCACAGCUACGUUCACGUUCAUGUGUGUGUGUGGAUGAAAGAACAACAGCGGCAGCAGCGACGUCAAAAUAGUAGUGAAGCAUAAAGACCAACAAAAUAAAGAAGAAAUAAGCCCAAAACUUAACAAUAACAACAGCAGCACCAACGCCAGCAAACAAUCAACGUCAGCGUCUUGUUUUUUUUUUUUUUUCUGUUCUUGAAUGCGAGGUGGAGUUGCUGUUGUUGGCACCUCGUGUACCUGGAUCAGUUGAGCUGCCGUAUUCGCGUGUUCCGCCGCGCUGUAAAUCUCAGUUACAAAGUGCAUCAGUGUUAGUUAGCAAUUGUAAGUGACCAUGGCGCGAUUUAAUAACAGUGUAAACAUCCCCACAAACAAACACUAACCAACAAUAACUACUUAGUCUAUGUAAGCCGCGUGACUCUCAAAUUGUGUGCAUGGAUCCGGUUGCUGUACAUUAUAAUGCGAAUCGAUUGCAAAUAGUCCAAAAAGAAAGGAUAAAUAUUUUAAUAGAUAUGCAGAAAUUUAUCACCUCGUAAACUGAUGACAUUGGCUAUGCCCCAAUUAAAACAAAGCAAAAUGUACAUUUAUCUAAAUCGCGAAGCGUGAUAAGAAAACAUAACUGACUUUAAGAACAAAACCAACAUUGGUUAUAACAAAAAUCUCAAUUGACAAUAUAAAGGAGAAAAUUAAAUACAACUUGCGAAAAUGACAAUAACAUAUACAGGUGAAGUGGCCACCUGCCGUGGCUUUGGCUGCUUUCUCAAACUGCUUCUCAGGUGGCGCGGAAGUAUUUACAAAUUAGUUUGGCUGGAUCUGCUCGCUUUUCUUACACUAUAUUAUUUGCUGAAUUUGGUCUACCGCUUUGCGCUCAAUGAAAGCCAAAAAGAAACGUUCGAGGCGAUCGUGGCCUAUUGUAACAGCUAUCGUGAUCUCAUCCCGCUGUCCUUUGUGCUCGGCUUCUAUGUCUCAAUUGUAAUGACACGCUGGUGGAAUCAGUACACAUCUAUUCCUUGGCCGGAUCCAAUCGCUGUAUUCGUCAGCUCCAAUGUGCACGGCCAGGAUGAACGCGGUCGGGUUAUGCGUCGCACAAUCAUGCGCUAUGUGUGCCUGUGCCUCACGAUGGUUCUGGCGAAUAUAUCACCACGCGUCAAGAAACGAUUUCCUGGCCUAAACAAUCUCGUGGAAGCGGGCUUGCUCAAUGAGAACGAGCGUACAAUCAUUGAGACAAUGAACAAAUCUUUUCCGCGACCCUCCAAGCACUGGCUCCCAAUUGUGUGGGCGGCCAGCAUCAUUACGCGGGCAAGAAAAGAGGGCCGCAUUAGGGACGAUUUCGCCGUGAAGACCAUCAUCGAUGAACUAAACAAGUUUCGAGGACAGUGCGGACUGCUUAUUAGUUAUGAUACGAUCAGUGUGCCCCUGGUUUACACACAGGUGGUUACUUUGGCUGUUUAUUCCUAUUUCCUCACCUGCUGCAUGGGGCAGCAGUGGACGAAUGGAAAAGUCGUGGGCACCAGUAGCUAUCUGAACAAGGUAGAUUUGUAUUUUCCAGUGUUUACCACGCUGCAGUUCUUUUUCUACAUGGGCUGGCUCAAGGUGGCUGAGUCUCUGAUCAAUCCCUUUGGCGAGGAUGAUGAUGAUUUUGAAGUUAAUUGGAUGGUGGAUCGCAAUCUGCAAGUCUCCUAUUUGAUUGUAGAUGAAAUGCAUCAUGAUCAUCCAGAAUUACUUAAGGAUCAGUACUGGGACGAGGUGUUUCCCAAUGAGCUACCCUAUACUGUUGCUGCAGAACGGUUUCGCGAGAAUCAUCCGGAGCCUUCCACAGCCAAGAUCGAUGUACCGAAGAAUGCGGCCAUGACCUCUGGGAUGUCAUCUGUGCGCAUCGAUGAAAUGGUUGGUAAUAAUAGCACCGGCGCCUCUGGGUCUAAGCCGCCUUCAGCUGAACAGCCACAAGGCGCACCUAUGCAGACAGUUACUUAUGAUCUUUCCAAAGCUGCGCCAGAUGAGGAGGGCGACGACGCCAGCGGCAUACAUUUCUCAGCAGGCAAUGGCAAAUCGCGGCUGGGGCUAGGCUCCUCGCCCAGUCUGGUUAGUGUAUCGGGUACACUGUCCCGGGUAAAUACGGUGGCGUCGGCACUGAAACGUUUCCUAAGUCGCGACGACAGCCGUCCAAGCUCUGCCACGCCCACCGAAGAUCCGGGCAAGUAUCGCUUCCCGAGCAGCGCCAGCUCGGCAAGUUUAACGGGCACCACUGGCGGCCCAGCUGCUGUGAAGCCCGCAGGCAGCAUGCGCAUAACCCAACAGGUCAUUGAGGAGGUGGACGAGCAGGCCACCAUUACGUCGAUGCGUCCCAACGAUCCGCGUCCCAAUGUAAAGGAUAUAUUUGCGCCGGCCACUGGUCAGCCGCAAACAGCGCCACUGCAGCCGCCACCGCCUGCAACAGGAGCAGCAACACCGUCACGCUCCCAGCCAGUGGACAUACCCAGACGCUCGCCGCAGUACGAGCGCGCCCACUCGCAGUAUGAUCCGACGCCAUCACUCUUUCCGCCUGGUGGCGUGGAUGCUCUGCUGAGCACAUCAGCCCCAGCCGGAGACAGUCCCUUACUCAUGUCAGCAGCCACGGCGCCCAGUUCGCCGGUGGGCGACAGCAGCAAGUCGCUGUUCGAGCAGCACAAGGCCGCCAGCCGUGAGACGGCGAUUGAGAGACCCGAUGCAGCGCAGAUUUUCAGGUGGUUCGUGACGCCCGUCGAAAAUCUUGACAUCAAAACAUCGAACGAUAUACUGGCCAACACAGCUGCCGAUGCUGCUCCGAAUGUCGGCGAUGAUUUUGAGAAGCUGAAAGCUGCUCGGGAAAAGGAGAAGCUGGUGCGCCAGCAAAUGAACCUGGCCCGUACCAUUAGCACUGCCCCGGGUGUGGAUCCCUCCGGAGUUGUUCCGCUGGUGCCAGUUGUGCCCGUGGCCAUGCCAAUGAUGGCGCCCACUGCGCCCCAGCCGAACACAACGACCGCGCUCCCGGCUGUUGCUUCCAGCGCCGAUUUACUCGCCGGCGGCGAACCAGUGACCAAUUCAACCACUAAAUCCGAGGAUGCCACCCCAGGAAGUUGAGCUGGCUGGCGUUUAGUAUUCAGGCAUACAGUUUAAAGUAUGCCACUUGUGUUGUACAACUUUUCAAAUAAGAUAAGUUAAUUAUUUAGCGUAUUAGUUAAUUUAUAUAAGCUACUGAACUUAAUGCCUUAACAUGCAGAAUGACAGAAACAGAUUAAGAAUGCUCAUAACGUUAAAACGAUCUUGAGUGAGAAUGUACCCAUUUAACGCAGUUUAAAUACCUAUUAUUUAAAAUGAUGUCAAAAGUGAUUUGAAUCUUUACAAUAAUAUAAGUUUUCUAAAUUGCCAGAAAA